AAUGUCCCGAGGGAGGUCCCAUCAGUGGAAGAAUAGUUCCUCUUCUUGUAUCUUACAAUACAAUCCUCAGACUUACCCUUAACACGAAAAUUAAGGCUAAAGAACAAUCUCGACCAAAGCAUAGACUUCUCAGAAGCUCACCCUUUUUCAUGGCCUGAAUCCUACCAAGAACGAAUCUUGAAAGGUACAUAUAAAACAAACAGUCAUGCUUCUGGUGCCACCAAGGGCCAGAUGUUGCAGACGCACCCUUUUGUUGAGAGACUUCUGCUGAUUAUUCGUUUGGGGUGCAGAAAGAACACAUGGAUGAUGGAAAUGCUGAGCUUUCUGAUAAGCUUUCAAACAAUGUUCUAUUUCUGAAUCCAGAGUCAUCUAGCAGUUUUCAGGCUUCAACAUCUGUGAACACAGUUCCUGAAUUAUGUAGGAGUAGCAGCAGAACAUGCACCCACACUCACACUUGCAACCCACCUGGCCCUGAUGCUGCUCACACACACACAUGCUAUCACACUCACACCCAAAUUUUUGCACCUGAAGAUGAUCACCACAAGGAGCACCACCACACCAACUCCAAACCAAAAAGGCCUUCUGGCAACCGAGAAGCAGUUAGAAAGUAUAGGGAGAAGAAGAAGGCUCACACUGCAUACUUGGAGGAGGAAGUUAAGAAAUUGCGUUUGGUGAAUCAGCAACUAGCAAGGAAACUACAAGGGCAAGCACUUCUUGAAGCAGAAUUGGCAAGGUUGAGGAGCAUUUUGGCACACCUCAAGGGGAAAAUAGACAGUGAAUUGGGUGCUUUCCCCUUUCAAAAGCAGUGUAACUCUUACAUUUCCAAAGAAGGGAAUGCUGGUUUGCUUUCUACUGCAAGAACAAUUGGCCUUGAGUGUCAGAACAACAUGACAUGCUUCCAUCCACAUGCAGGAUCAUCAUCACAGGCCAACAUUUGUGCAUAUGGAAAGUCUGUGAGUCCAUGGGAAGGAAACUGCCAACCUGAAAUUGUAGAUUGUGAUGUAGAUGCAAAUAACUUGACCAGUAAUGAAGGACAAACUGUGGAGACAGUGGAUAACUUCUUGUCAUCUGCAUCUCAAGAGUGAUGGUUUAGCCACACAAAUGUCUUUCUCCUGAGAUAUUUUCCAAUUGCUGUCAGUGAUAGUAGGUAAGAUGAUGUACAUUUAGUUAGUAUAACCUAAAAGGUUUGUUUGUUACAUAAGUCAUAUGAAGUUUGCAUUCUGCAAUCUAUAGGAUAUGUAUGUAUAUAGGCAAAGUAUAUUUAGAGAUUUAUACAAUAUGUAUGCUAGCACACAUAAAUUAAGUGCUUUACUUGUUGAUAAACAGAUUUUGUUGUGUAUUAAGUUUGUAUUGUUAAAUAAACUAAUACUUCAAACUA